UCCUCUUUCAGUAGGGUCGUCCAACAAUGACUCGACGAUUAUGAAGAAGCCAGUAGUGAUUUGCCGACAUUGCAUGUGUCACGUACGCUGGAGUGUUACUUGUGGUGGGUACGUAGUGGCGGCGUUUAGACGAAGCGGCGGCGAUGCAGAAUGCCAAAACAAUGCUACGACAACAUGUUUGUAGUGGUGAUUUUUGUGUCAUGGUGUUUCUAGUUCUAUUUGUAAAUUGGAAGUAAAAUAAUCAAACAAUUUAAUCGUUG